UUUACCCCAGGUGUCGAUUUCAAAAUGAAGACCUUGGAGAUAGAUGGCAUUAAAGUACGAAUACAGAUGUGGGACACAGCAGGCCAGGAGAGAUAUCAGACCAUCACUAAGCAGUACUACAGAAGAGCACAGGGCAUUUUUCUGGUGUAUGACAUCACAAGCGAGCGCUCGUUCCAGCACAUCAUGAAGUGGGCCAGUGAUGUAGAUGAGUAUGCCCCUGAGAAAGUGCAGAAGAUACUUGUUGGGAACAAGUCUGAUGAAGAACAGAAGAGACAAGUAGCUACAGAACAGGGAAAUAAGCUUGCCCAGGCUUAUGGAAUGGACUUUUUUGAGACAAGUGCCUUUACCAACCACAACAUUACAGAGUCUUUCACCCGAUUGGCUGAAUUAGUCUUACAAGCCAAUAAGAAGGAUCUUGAUUUGUUGGGAGGAUCCAUGAAUGACCAGUUCAAUCUCGCUGUUUUGGAGGAGCAGGAAGGAUUGUGUAAUGUUAGCGACGGCACCCAUAAGUCCUGUUGGUGCUGAGGACAGGAAGUGACAUGACUACUUUUUUCAGUUGAUUUCCAUAUUUAUGUUACAUUUACAUUUUGAAUAUUAUUUAUUGGAACAUUCUUGUUAAACAGUGUUUGGUGCCUUUAAUGGCAUUAUUUCCUGCUGAUUCUCAUGAAUAUUAUUUAUUAUUCAUUAUUUAUUUUAUAGUUACUAUAAAUUAAGAUGGAACAUUACAGAAUACUUGUAUAUUAAGAAUAUGUUUCAGUUUUUUCGAGAUCAAAAGGGCACUGCAGUGUAAUUGUACAUUAUUUAGUUAUGCUCAUUCAAGCCACACAUUCAGAGUCAGUCAGUUAUAUUCAAUUUUACAAAUAUAAAAAAACAAGUUGAUUAAAGUGUAAGACAACAUUGAUGAAAUGGUUUAUUCAAAGGAAUAGUGCACCCAAAAAUGAAAAUGUGCUGAAUAUUUACUCACCCUCAGGCCAUCCAGUAUGUAGAUGACUUUGUUUCUUCAUCAGAACAAGGAGAAAUUUAGCAUUACUGUUUACUUUUAGCACCACUUGCUGACCAGUGGAUCCUCUGCAGUGAAUGGGUGCCGUCAGAAUGAGAGUCCAAACAGCAGAUAA